UGGUAAUAGAACCCCGGAUAGGACAGUUGAAGGGGACCUGGCACUGGCAGUUGGAAGCAUGGCAGAGAUCAAGCCAAGAGGACCUCAGACCUCAAAGACAGAAAUAAAAAUAAGAGUUCAUUACCAGUGAGACUUGUAAUCAUCUAAAAAAAGAAAAAAAGAUUCAUCAUGUCUUUCAUGGUCCAUAAUCGGAGGGGCAGCAAGAAGCAGUUUCAAGUGGAUCCUCUUCUUAUGCCCAAGGUUCCUCGUACCAAUUACUUGCACCUUCAGGAAGAAAAACACAGGCUACAACUAAAGAAAUUCCUCCUUCAUAGGUUGUUUCUAGUGGGACACCUACGAGCCAACAUAGAGAAAAAGGAAAUUUCUGAAUACUAUGAGCAACUGUUUCAGUCAAUUCUGAAACAUCAUUUAGGUGAAGUAGUGACAGGACUCUUGCUCAUAUACCCAAGUACAUUUCUGCACAUCCUCGAGAGUUCCAACGGCACACUGUUCCGGAUUCUUCUAGAUUAUGUUUCCCACGAAAAGAGUCAAACAGAAUUUAUGAUCCAAAACAUGAAAAUCAUCGUGGCUUCUCAUAACAUCCCCACGAGGCUGUUCAUGCAGUGGCAUGUCUCUGUCAUCAAAGUCCCCAUUUUGUACCUAGAUGACGACACACAGUCACAGUCUGUAGUACAAGUCACCACAGAUUUCCUCACCAUGACUCAUAAAUUGGCACUCCACCUUUACAAGACAGUGAAAGUGGGCGCGAAAGGGCCAGGUGACAACUUACACCAACUUGCCCCUGAACUCAUUCUCCCAGAACAAACCAUCAAGUACUUAUGCCAAGCUGAAGAAUUCAUGGACCCAGCAUCUUUCUUGAGCAUGUAUAACAGACCCAUACAUGUUACCCUGGAUUCUGAUAUUGUGUGGCCAGCUCCUUCCCGUUUCUAGGAUGGAGAGAGAUAAUUUGGGUCUGUCUCAUCAAGUUUUUGUAGUACUGUAGAAACAAAAGAAAUACCUAAACUUAUUCUUAAAAAGAACGUACAGGACAUUAAAAUAAGCACACAGGUAGAAUGCUAAUAUUAGAGCUAAACAUAGGAAUACAUCUGCUUCUUGUGGUAUGAAGCUCAAUUUGUUUUUGAAAGUAAAUGGGUUUAAUGAAUUUGUAAGUUCCAUCAUUUUCAUGGGAUAGUUUAAAGCAUAGAAGGAAGGGAGUUAACACCAUUUAAACAUUUAGGUUCUCAUGUGUUCUCUCAAAAGUUAACAAGCAAUCUUUGUCAUAAGGUGGAAGAAAGGUAUUUGGGGGUGGAUCAUUUCUAACAGAGCCUGAAGAAGCUUGCAACCUAAAGUUGCAAUCAAGGAUGCUAUGUAAAAGUAAUACAGUAUAAUAUAUAGUAACAUAUGUUACUAUGUAAAUAGUAGAGUAGGAAGAGGUAGAGCUUCCAGAACCUAAGUGAAUAAACUGUUCGUGCAUAAUUACUACAUCAAAGAAAAUGAAGCCUAACUUCUGAAAACAGCCCUGAAGUACUCAUAUUCUGGUCUAUUUAAUCAGUAAUACUGAACUUAUUAUAAAGCUGAACAACAGAAGAGUUUUGUGAAGCAACUAGAAAGCACUGUCAAGCAGCAGUGAUUACCUGAGCACUCCUCUUUUUGACAGACAUUUAUCAGGCAGUAGAAAUGGUGCAGUGUUCAUGUGAGAGAUUGUUCUUGCCCACUUUAAAAAAUGUAUUCUUAAGUAAUUAUACAUUAGCAAUGUUAUAAGAAA